CGAUUGGAAAGACGAAAACCCGAAUUUAUUUGCUGCCAUUAAAUUAGAAAAGCGAGUGAUGUUUAUUAUCAUGACGCUGGUGGUGGCAGUAGCCGCAUUUAAUAUUGUGUCUACACUCAUUAUGGCGGUUACCGAUAAGCGUGCGGACAUUGCCAUUAUGCGUACGUUUGGCGCCAGCCCUCGUAGUGUGAUGAUGAUUUUUGUGGUGCAAGGCGCGCUGAUUGGUGUAAUAGGCACGGUGUUGGGUGUGCUGCUGGGUGUCACAAUUGCACUCAAUGUGGAUGUGAUUGUGCCAUUUAUUGAGCAAUUAUUUGUUGGAAAGCCUCUAAAAUCAACCCUGCGGAGGCGCUACGCUAUGAAUAAUUUUGACCAUUCAGAUAAUAUCGUAGCCUGCGAAAAUUUAAGCAAAACCUACCAAGGUUUAGAAGUGGCUGUGCUUAACAAUAUUAAUUUUUCUGUAAAAGCGGGUGAGCAAGUGGCGAUUGUGGGCGCUUCAGGCUCAGGAAAAAGUACCUUGCUCCAUUUGUUAGCUGGCUUAGAUACGCCCAGCAGUGGUGAAGUGCGCAUUUUAAACAAAAAUUUAGCCAACUUUGCCGAGGCUUAUAAAGGCACUUUGCGCAAUGAGGCGCUGGGGUUUGUCUAUCAAUUUCACCAUUUAUUGCCAGAAUUUACCGCGCUUGAAAAUGUCGCCAUGCCUUUGUUGAUUCGCCAUCUAUCCCGCGAGGUUGCACUUGCGCAAGCAGCUGAAAUGCUGGGGAAAGUUGGAUUGGCGCAUCGUUUGCAGCAUAUGCCCGGUGAACUUUCAGGUGGUGAGCGGCAGCGUGCGGCGGUGGCGCGGGCUUUGGUUACCCAGCCAAAAUGCGUGAUGGCCGAUGAGCCAACAGGUAAUUUAGAUAGAAAUACCGCCCACGCGGUGUUUGAUAUGCUGUUGGAUAUUAACCAAACGCAAGGUGUGGCUUUAGUGGUGGUGACACACGAUUUAGAAUUAGCCGCAAAAAUGCAACGGCAAUAUCGCUUAGUAGAUGGGCAAUUGCAAGUUUUG